AUGGUGCAGCAGUAUAUUAUAAGUGUCAUAGGUAAUGGCCACUCCACGUUCUUGUGUUAUGACAAUUGGCAUCCACUGGGCCCUUCGAUGGCCAAAUUUGGUCCUAGAAUUGCUUAUGACUCUGGUAUCCCAAAAGAGCCUUCUAUGGCUCACAUGAUUCAUAACUCAAGUUGGGCGUUUCCAAUUACCCAAAUGUUGGAGCUUAAUGAGAUAAAAAGCUCUUUGCCUACCAUUAUUCCUUCUAGAUUGAGGGGGUUUGAUAAUAUUAGAUGGUCACUCACACCUAAUGGACAGUUCACCAUUGCAUCCCUUUGGGACAAAUUGAGAAGUCCCUUUCCCAGAGUGUUGUGGAAUAAAUUGAUAUGGUUCUCAGGCCAUAUUCCAAAAUGUAGCUUUAUCACUUGGAUUGCUAUUCAGAAUAGGUUAUCCACUAUAGAUAGAUUGAAAGAAAUGUGA